AUGUUAUACAGUCACUGCGAGUUUUUCUGUUAUACGCCACCGUCGGAGCCACCAUCCCGCUGCUACCACCUUUGCUCUGAGUCAUUGUUACAGCAAGUUGCUUCUGUUGUGGCGGAAGUAAGUGAAGCUGAGGUCGCGGUUGUCGUUGUUUUCGGGACGAGGAAAAAGAUUCUAGAUUUGAGUUUCCUUCAUUUUCAAAGCGAUAGCUCGUUAGAAAAAUCUUGUUCUCCGCCCAAAAAUUCAUCCUCCAAUUCGAGUUUCCAGCCAAAGGAAGAGGAAAUAAAAUGGGUGUUCGACAAAUUCGACGCAAACAAAGACGGCAAGAUCUCCUUUGAAGAGUUCAAAGCGGCGAUUAUCACCGUGGGUUGGAAUCUCGGUGAUGCCGAGGCUUUAAACUCGUUCAAGGCCAUCGAUACCGAUGAAGAUUCCUUCAUCGGUUUCGACGAGUUCAUGGGGAUGUUUAAGGGGGAGGAUAACGAUGACGAGAAGGUGAAGCAGAUGGAGAUGAAGAGCGCUUUCCAAGUGUUUGAUUUGAAUGGUGAUGGGAAGAUUAGUGCGGAGGAGUUGUCCCAAGUUCUCAAGAGGCUUGGCGAAAAUUGUAACGUUAGUGAUUGUAAGAAGAUGGUGAUGGGUGUGGAUGGUAACGGUGAUGGCUUUAUUGACUUGAAUGAGUUCAUGACCAUGAUGAUGAGUGGCAACAAACUGCCUUAAUUAAGUGGAAUUAGAAGAACCACUAUGGUGUUUAGAAUUCAAUAUCAGAUAAUCAAUUUAUAUGGAGGCUAAUUAUUUCAUUAUCAUAGGAUAAAGAAUGAUUUCUACUUGGUAGAAUCCAUAUAUACUUUAUUCUAUAAUGAUACGAACAAAUGAAUCAUCUUAUCAAUUCUCUUAUAAGAGUUGGAAAGAUUAGCCUCUUGAUAUGGACACCAUGGUCAAAUAUUCGAUAGAUAUGUGUUCCAUUUCACUUUUGGUCUCAUAAUUUGUUUUAACGAAUAAUACAAGUGUAUCAACGUGCUUUGUUGUUCCAUAA